AUGGAAGAGGUAAACCGCAGAGAAGAUACUGCUUUGAUGGCUGAGGGUCUAGACCUCGCAUCAAGGUCAGUAGGAGGGGUUGAGAAAGCCGUUACAGGAACCACACCGGAAGGUCAUACUUCCCAGUCAGUAGAAGGGAAGGAGGAAGUACACGAAGAAGAGAAAGAGCCGGAGCCAGUAGAUCCUCGAGUAGAAGUAGGGGGUGGUAGAAUGCAGGUAGAAGAGGAGGAACCAGCUGCAGAAAUCCCAGAGCCAGAACCAGAGGCGCCUCCAGUAGUGAAGCCCAAGCCCAUAAAGCGGAGCUUAAUAUUGAAGGUUGAUCCUAAGGCAGACCGGCCUAAACCGCAGAGGGUUUCGCAGAGAUGCUUGGGAAAGUCAGUAGGCCACAGGGAGACCGGUCCUACUACCCAGGAUCCAUUUUUAUCACAAGCUGAGAAAGAACCCGAAGAAGAAAAAGACAAAGUUGACAGAGAGGAAGUGAGAUACCGUGAGGAGAGAAAACGAAAGGGGAAGGCCCCUAUGAAGAAGAAGCCUAGCACCAAGAAACCGCGUCUCGUGAACACUGGCAUAGUGAUCACUGAGGCUGCUCAGAGGACCCCAUCCAGCCGACGAGAGCAGAGUGAUAGUGAGUAUGAGUUCAGUGAGGAAUCUGAAUCGGCUAGUGAUACGUCCAUGGAGGAUGAGGAGUACAAGGAACAGAAACUUCCGAACGAUCAUCAGGAGUUAUUACAUACGCCGGCAGAGAGACUCCGAUAUAAGCGCUGGACAGAUCAGGAGCAGAGACAAGAAAGGAUGGAGAAAGCGAUGGAAGAAGUGAGAGAAGAAAAUCAACAGUUGAAAGCGGAGGUGAUGCGAUUGGCAUCGGUGGUGGAACGAAUGUUGAAAGGGGCUGCAGAGCAAAAGUUGUUGGCUCAGAGGCAGGCCUCGAUAGAGGUGAUAGUGACAGAUUUGGGAAAGGAGAACUACAAGAUGCAGCAAGCAAUGAAUAGGAUGUUAUCCAAUAUCGAUAGCAUCCUAGGAGAGAAUACCAACCAGAGGAAGGAACAAGCUGUUGAACCAAGUGGCCAUGGAGGCCGAGCUGAUGAACCGCAAGUACCUGAGACAGAAGAAAAGGAGACCGAUGUGCCGGCGCAUGCUGAGGAGCCGGCGGACUUUGACGAGAACCAAGCUGGAACUGAAAAGAAACCACCUGCACCGCCUGCGCCGCGAAGUAGCAGGCGUCACCGAUAG